ACGCCACUCCCUCGGUCGCUAUCGAGCCCUUGUUCUCCCCCACGUGGCAUAGAAAGAGGGGGUCUCGGGAACAAACCACAGCAAGACGCCGCUGGUGAAGGGCCGUGGCUUGGGAAGAGUCGAUAAUCGAACGUCAUGCGAAGAGAAUCAUUUGAUACGCCGCUACACGCCUUGAAGAUUCACGCUCAGGCUUCAGGGUCUAUCAGGGCUAGAUCGAUCACUGUUCAAGUGGCAAAAGAAUUCGAUUCUUGUUACGUUUGGGAGGAUCAGAACUCUUCCAUGCUCCAACGAGCAUCAUGCUAUUAAUCCUUGAAAUGGAGACAGACGGAGACUGAAAGCUGACCUGACUUGAACCGACGCGUCCAAACCUGACAGGGCCUGUCGUCAGAAGUGCAGACGUCGAGCACAUGCGUCAGCGAUAUUUGGGACCCUGCAGGGACUGGCAAUCUCAAAAAACGCCUGUGAUUACUGUGGUAAGUACCCAUAACGCCCCGAUGAUUCCCAAAAGGUGGACCCUACAUUGAAGGUUCAAAGCAUCGAGAUUCGACGGCAACUAAUGUGUAAUAUUUUGAGCGUCUGGAAACCUCAUAUCCUAGAAGACACCUCUGUGCUUCUAUGACACGGGCUGAUUCUGCUCGAACAAAUGCACUGCUGCCAUGUUCGAUUGCUUCUAGAUCUAGUUAAAUAGACUCCGAUCAUUGUACAGCAUGCUGGCCAGCACCUGGAUUUGGACUUGUGAAGCCAUCUAUUCUAUCCACUGUCCAUUCUGUCAGCUCAGAGCUUGAAGUUGGUU